AUCCCACAAUUCUUCUCUGGGCUGCAUAGUGGAGUGUGAUAGGCUGGCGGAGAGGGGAACUGCAGCAGAGUAACACCGCUGUCAGGAAACACAAGCUCUCUACGAAUGCAACUCGCAUAACCAGCCUGAACGAGGACGCUUUACCUGCGUGAUUUACCAUGACGACUGAAACAGGCGCAGACUCGGAGGCCAGGCAGAACAAGGAGACGGAGAAGGCGAAAGCUAAAGCAGCCGAACCGACACCGCCUCAGAACCAAACGGAGCAGCUUCCCACCGCCGCUGGACACAGCACCCCGGCCAGGAAAGAGCAGGAGCUGCAGGAGGAGGACCAGACUUCCCACAGGUCAUCCACAAGUCGUCUGUCCAGGUCUCCUUUGAGAGGAGCGAAAAAAGUGAAGAUCAUGCAGUGUAAAGUCACCCUGCUGGACAGCUCUGACUUCACGCUCAGUGUGGAGAAACGAGCCAAAGGCCAGGUACUUUUCGAUAAAGUUUGUGAACACCUCAACCUACUGGAGAAGGACUAUUUUGGCAUUACGUACAGAGAUGUAGAGAACCAGAAGAAUUGGCUGGACCCUUCCAAAGAGCUAAAGAAGCAGAUCAGGACUGGUCCCUGGAACUUUGCUUUCAAUGUGAAGUUUUACCCUCCAGACCCCUCCCAGCUCACCGAGGAUAUCACAAGGUACUACUUGUGUCUACAGCUGAGAGACGAUGUGGUUUCUGGCCGUCUGCCGUGCUCCUUUGCCACCCACACGGUGUUGGGCUCCUACACAGCACAGUCUGAACUGGGAGACUAUGACCCUGAAGAAUUAGGCAGCGACUACAUCAGUGAACUCCGAUUUGCACCAAACCAGACCAAAGAGCUCGAGGAGAAAGUCAUGGAACUACACAAGACCUACAAGGGGAUGACACCAGCCGAUGCAGAGAUGCACUUCCUGGAAAAUGCCAAGAAGCUUUCCAUGUACGGCGUGGACCUCCAUCACGCUAAGGACUCUGAAGGUGUGGAGAUCAUGUUGGGAGUUUGUGCAAGUGGCCUUCUCAUCUACAGAGACAGGUUGCGGAUCAACAGGUUCGCUUGGCCCAAAAUCCUCAAGAUCUCUUACAAGAGGAAUAACUUCUACAUCAAAAUCAGACCUGGGGAGUUUGAGCAGUUUGAAAGCACAAUCGGUUUCAAACUACCAAAUCAUCGUGCUGCCAAGAGACUCUGGAAAGUCUGCGUCGAGCACCACACCUUCUUCAGGCUCGUGUCCCCAGAGGCACCCCCUAAGAAGUUCUUGAGUCUGGGCUCGAAGUUUCGCUACAGCGGCAGGACGCAGGCUCAGACCCGCAGGGCCAGCUCUCAGAUCAUCAGACCUGCUCCGUUCUUUGAACGCACCUCCAGCAAACGCUACAACAUGUCCCGCAGCUUAGAUGGAGCACCAAUUAUGGAGAACCAUGAGACCCUCAUGAAGGACAGUACUGCUGACGGGGCAGCCAAAGUCAUCUCCAAGGGAGACAUCAUCACCACUGUAACAAAAGAAAAGAAGGCAGAGGAGGAGAAGGCGGAGCAGGAGGAUGCCCAGAUGGAUGCUGCAGGGACACCAGAGCCUGCUGUCACAACACCGCUAAGACACGACACGAAGCGCUCCCCUCAUGUUUACACAAAUGACCCCCUCCGCUCUGAGCUCUCACUCCCUUCAUCUCCUGUCACAUCCACCAAAGUACGGCGGAGGCGCAGGGAGAACACGCGUAAACGGGCAUCCUCAGUCAGUCCGGUCAAGAACGGCGAUGGGUGCCGCCGGCGGCAAGCCCUCGCUGACCGCAAAGCUGCCCUGCUGGACGAGCAGGCGCUUCUGCUCUCGGCCCGCAAGCAAAGGCUGGAGCAGGGCAAAAGCCGCGGCGGUACACUCUUCUCCUUCUCCCUGCACCUGCCCGACCUGUCCUCCAUCCUGGAUGACGACGGCUACAUCACCUUCCCAGAUCUGUCAGAGAUGCGCUUCCUCCCUGAGUGCGCACAGAACUUCCUGCCCAUCAAAUCCCCCUCACUCAUCCCCUGCUUCCUCUUCAUCUUCUUCUUCCUGCUUUCUACCUCCUUCUCCGUCCCCUACGCUCUCACCCUCUCCUUCCCCUUGGCGCUGUGUCUCUGCUACCUGGAGCCCAAGGCAGCCUCCCUGACCGCCUCCAUAGCCCAGGGCUACCAUGACCAUGACAGUUCAGAGGAAGAGGAGACUGACAGCGAACAAACUGAUUUUGCCUUUGAUGGAGAGAUGACCGCCACAGAGUCGGAAGCAGACGAGGACUCUGAGAUGCGGACUCAGUAUAGUUUCAUAAGACGAGUAAAGGGGGAAAACGUUUUUAUCAAGCAUAGUAAUCUGAUGUUAGAGGACACCUCGCCCCCGGCAGAGAUGGUCAAGCACCAGACAAACAUCAGCGAACUGAAGCGCUCCUUCCUGGAUGCAGGCAGCAGCUCACCAGGCCUGACAGAGUGGGAGAAGAGACUCUCCUCAUCUCCUGCGCGUUCACCCAGACUGGAUGAAGCCCCGAUGAUAGAACCGUUGGAUACUGACGAGGAGCAGCCUGCUGAACAAGAGACAAAAGAAGACAUGGACACUAAAGUCACUGAGGCAGCAGGAUAUCUGGUGAAAUACGUGGUGGAUAGUCUGGUAACAGAUUUGGGCACCUCCUCUGGGCCACACGGGAUUAGUCUCUCAACCACUAUGGACGACGACGUCUUCAUGGACGGGACCCUCAGGGAGGUGGAGGAGAAAACCCCCGACUCCCAUGAGGAGGUGUCAGAGAGGUCGAUGGGGAAGGUGAGCCCGGGAGCUGUCAGGCAGGAGGUGUCCCAGGCCAUCAGUGACAAAAAAGGAACUCUCAUUAUCUUGAAGGAGGCGGAGGAAAAAGACGACGACACAGAGGGCAAAGAGACGAGUACUGAGGCUGAAAAAGAGGAGCCUGUCGCCCAAGAGGGAGUCGCAGUUAAAGAAAAUGGGAUUUCUAAAGAGGAAGAAGACACCUCUGUUGUUAAAGAGGUCACAGAGAAGGUGCAAAGCCUGAAGAUUGAGGUAAAAACUGAUGAUAUGACUCAAAUUAAAGGCAUUGACUCGCCUAAAAAGGCCAUGGCAUCAUGGAUUUCUGAGGAUGUGAAGACGGAGGUCUCAAAGAUCAUCAGUGCUACAUCAGAAGAAGUUAAAGAGAUAAAAUCUUCACUGCAGAAACCAGAGAUCUUCACCUUCAAUGAGGUCCAAACAGAGUCCAGCGUGAAUCAUAUCACAGUCUCUGAGUCCUCGACUACAUCUUUAGCAGUGUCCACGCUGGGAUGGGUUUCCUCCUCUCAAAAGACCUCACCUGAACCACAGGAGAAAGCAGUGGUUGCCAAAGAGACAGAGGCAGCGCCAGCCGAGUCAACAGGGCCAACGACUGUUGAUGCAGUCGAGGUGGUAGCCAAAGAGAUGCCUGUGAUCCACACAGAGACAAAAACCAUCACCUAUGAGUCUGGAGAGGUUGACACGAAUGGUGACGUGGACCCCGGGGUGUUGCUGAGUGCUCAGACCAUCACCUCGGAAACCACCAGCACUACAACGACCACACAUAUCACAAAGACGGUGAAAGGAGGAAUAUCAGAGACGAGAAUUGAGAAGAGGAUCGUCAUCACGGGAGACGCAGACAUCGACCACGAUGAGGCUCUGGCUCAGGCCAUAAAGGAGGCUAAAGAGCAGCAUCCUGACAUGUCAGUGACCAAAGUAGUGGUACAUAAAGAGACAGAGAUCACGCCAGAGGAGGGGGAGGACUGACCCAGGAGUAAACACUGAGGGCUGUUUUCUGUUCAACCUCCCAGAAUCCAACAUCCACAACUCAACAUAUUAACUCCGGGGACUCUCAGAAGAAUAGACAGGCUCCUACUCUCCAAAAUGCUGCAGCUCGCCACUCGCCGCAACCAUCACCUGCAGAAUAAAUCAAUGCAUUUUGCAUGAGAAGGACGCAAUGUUGCAUUAUGAAGCAAAACGGCAAAAUUAUACUGAAAAACCGUACGAUUUUAAUAAUGGUUCUCGAUCCAUCUGCACGCCGAUUCCCCCGUGUGUGCAGCGAGCAAACCUUUUGCUUUCACUGCCUUAUGACUUUGAUGCAUUUUUAUGAUUAUUGAGAAUAAUUAUUGUAGCAGACGUUUUAUUUAUGAAAUAAAGCCAUCACUCCAGAAACUUAAACUCGCUGUAGGCUGUAUAUGUUAGGGAGCAUACUCUAUUUAACCUUGCUGUAGAAGUGCCAACCUUGUUUGCCAGCAAGCAUCGCCUCACUCACUCCAACAUGAUUUGUUUUGUCAGGUAUGCCACUAGAGAAAUCACUACCACUCUGACUGUACAUAUCAAAGCUUUCCUAGGAGAAUAGCUAAUUAUCUUCCACAGCUGAUUUUUGUCGCCUGUACUUGACGUGUAUUUUCCUUUUUAUGAUCAUUUCAGUAUUUUAUCGUUCCUCAUCAAUCGAUUCCACCACUUGAAGCUUCACAGAAGGUCUGUUUUGGCCAAAAUAAAAGCCAAGGAUUCUGAUUUUUAUGUGCCUGUGUAGGCUGUGAAUGUGUUGGAGGGUAGAUGAUCGGCUGCAGCACAAGUCCCAGGUUCGUGUGACUGUGAGGCAAAGGGCUCAGACUGCCGAGCUCUGCCCAAAUUAGAUGCAAAGCCAAGAGAGAUCUGUCAAUCCUCCCGCCCACCCGCUAACCCAUCAUAAACAUGUCACCUGUACGGCCUCCCUCAUGCUGUCAUAACUCAGUAUUUCUGUUCCUGUACAGCCGUGGUGUCCUUCAAGCGGUGAAAUAAUAAAAGUGGCAAAUGCAUUUGUUUUUAAUUUGCUGUUUUCUUCUCAAGUAAUAAAACGUUGACAACA